CAGUAUAUAUGCGGUUCCCAGCCCAGAAGCCAGGAGAAGUUUCUAGGCCCGCGUCCCCGGGGGUUAUUAAGCUCCUGGCUCCACUCUAGACUUCAGCGGCCCUGGCUGCGAGCCUGGACCGCCUGGGAAGACGGUGGCUGGCGGAGCGCUGGUGAGGCAGCGUGGACAGGGGCUCUCUGGGGUUCUGAAGGACCGGCCAGGGGUCGCCUCCGGUGGCUGGAGCGUCUUCGGGGGCCUGGAUCCCGGUCUGGUGCACCCCUCCAACCUUGGCCGUGAAUGGUUCAGAUAUUUUUGAAGCUUGGAAGACCAGCCCGCCCACCUCACCUUGCGGUGUGAGCUCGGCCAGGUGGCCCCCUCUCUCCGAGCCUCCGUGCGCGCUCCGGCUCCGCGGCUGCCAUGGCUGACGGCCAGCUGCCCUUCUCCUGCCACUACCCCAGCCGCCUGCGCCGGGACCCCUUUCGGGACGCGCCCCUCUCCUCCCGCAGCCUGCUGGAUGACGGCUUCGGCAUGGACCCUUUCCCCGACGACUUGACGGCCUCUUGGCCCGACUGGGCCCUGCCUCGACUCUCCUCGGCCUGGCCAGGCUCCCUGAGGCCCGGCGCAAUGCCCCGGGUGCCGACCGCCACGUCCAGGUUUGGGGUACCUGCUGACAGCAGGAGCCCCCCACCCUUCCCCGGGGAGCCCUGGAAAGUGUGCGUCAACGUGCACAGCUUCAAGCCGGAGGAGCUGAUGGUGAAGACCAAGGACAGAUACGUGGAGGUGUCUGGCAAACACGAAGAGAAGCAGCAAGAAGGUGGCAUCGUGUCCAAGAACUUCACAAAGAAAAUCCAGCUUCCUGCGGAGGUGGACCCUGCGACAGUAUUUGCCUCGCUCUCCCCAGAGGGUCUGCUGAUCAUCGAAGCCCCCCAGGUGCCCCCUUACUCACCAUUUGGAGAAAGCAGCUUCAACAACGAGCUUCCCCAAGACAGCCAGGAGGUCACCUGCACUUGAGACCACGGUCUCGGCCCACCCUUGUCCCUGCCCCCCACCCCCCACAACCCUCCGGGCUUGUCUGAUUCCAGGGUACAUUAUGCAUUGCUUUAGCUGAACUCAUAGACGUGGUGUGGCUAAAAAGUUGGGGGUCAGGGUAACUCGGCCAGUCCCUAGGUAGUGUAGUAGGUCUUUACACCAGAGGGUGCCGUUGGCCAGUCGUGCUCGGUUGCGUUAGGCCUUUAUGCUGGGAGUUUUUCUUUCUCUACCUUUUCUGUCUUGGUAAAAAAUGUUGUCCACUCGAUAGUCGCAAAGCUUAUAAAAGAGGACAUACUAUUUCACGCUGUAUCUUAUCUUGCAACUGAUGGAAGGGUUGCUCUUCUCCGGGGACCUCGCAUCACCCAGAUUCCUCUUCUGGGCUCCCGAUGUUCGUGCCUGCCCCCUGGUGGGCCCACGGUGCCCAUGGGCUCACCUCACUGUUUCUGCAGCCAUGGCCUGCAAAGGGUGACAGACAGGUCUCACCUCCCCCGAGGGGGUUUAUCCAAGAUUCACAUGAAAAUAAAGAGUGCCUUCUGCCCUGUGCCCAAGUGAUGCUAGCAUGUUCCCAAGCUGACCAUCCCUGAGGACUCUGGAAGCCCCUCAGUUUACCUUCUGGCUAAUGUCCCCCCUUUCUUGUGUCCCUCAUGCCCUCCUAGGGGUCUUACAGAGGGGGCUGUCUCGGGACAGCUCCACCAGGAACCAAGCAAAGGCCAGGCAGCCUGGCAGGCAGGAUCGUGGCACUGUGUGUCUGUGGGUGGGACGCGUGUGUCAUUGUUAUUUGGAUUGUGCAGUUCUUUAGGAAAAAUUAAUAGUAAGUGAUAAUAAUAAUGAUAAUAAUAAUAAAGGAGCUGAUGUUCUUA